AUGUUAGCAACAAGGAAACAACGACCAGAAGAAAGUAUUGACACGUAUUUACAAGCUUUGAAACUACUUUCUAAAGAUUGUGACUUUGCGGCUGUUGAUGCAGAAACAAAUAAAAACGAUAACAUACGUGAUGCUUUCAUAGCCGGUAUAUCAUCGCAUAAAAUCAGACAAAGGCUUUUAGAAAACUUAACUCUAACACUUGAUCAAGCUUACAACCAAGCGCUCUCUCUAGAAACUGCAGAGAUCAACUCUCAAAGCUUCAAUACUGUGUCUUUAAAUGCUGUUGCCGCAAAAGAACCAACAUUAAUCUCUCCGAAACCACAAACUGUUCACGACGAGACCUGCUUUUCUGUUAAUAAUCCUCGACGACGAAAAUGUUUCUUUUGUGGGGGACAAAUACAUCCUCGUAAAAAUUGCCCUGCAUUCGAAAAGACUUGUCAAACUUGGCAAACCCUAAAAAUUGGAAAUCAUAAAUAUGAUAAUGUGAAUCUUCUUAUUGUGAAAAAUCUUUGUGCUGAUAUAAUUAUCGGCCAUGACAUCCUCGAAGAACAUUCAUCACUAGAGUUCUCUUUCGGUGGGCCAAAACAUCCACUUCAAGUAUAUAACGUAACUGAAGCAUCAGAACAUCCAUUUCAAGUAUGUAACGUAGCUGAAGCAUCAGUACCAGCUGUAUCGCUUUUUGCGAAUGUACCUCCCAACUGCAAACCUAUUGCUAUCAAGUCUCGAAGGCACAGCAAAGAGUACAGGAAUUUUUACAUGUUCGAGGUAUUGCCACUAGUAGAACUACAGCUUAUAACCCUCAAGGUAACGGUCAAGUAG